UCUUUCACACACCCAACACCAAAAAUCAAUUUGACCAACAAAAACAUUUUUUGGCCACUGCAAGAAGAACAACAAAGAAGUAGAAGAAGCUCGCUGCUGCUAACUGAAACAUGUACAACCCUUUCAAGAGAACAAAGAUCACUCAAACUCCCAUGACUCAACACUCCUUCACACCGCCACCUAUGCCUACGCUUCAACAGCACCGUCUUUCGCCCCAGGAUGAACUCUCCGUCAUGGUCGCCGCCCUCACCAACGUCGUAUCCGGCUCUUCCUCCGCCACCGCCACCGUCCCCGCCGAUCAACAAUUCUACGGCUACCCAUGGCAGCCUUCGCCGCCACCACCACCCACAUUCGACGGAGCUGCCGGGGCCAGCGCUUCUUCCCCAACAAGCACCGGGACUGACUGUACGGACACGUUUUUGCCUCCAUCGUCUGAAUUUUACACCUGCCACGUGUGCAACAUCGACGGCUGUCUUGGCUGCAAUUUUUUCCCGCCACCACCGACCCAACAAAAUACUACUGAUAAUCAUCGUCAGCAUCAGCAAGGAAAGAAAAUUGUAGUAUCGUCCGGGUCUGCGUCUGGGUCUUCAAAGAAACAAACAGAGCAAAAACAACAAAGGGUGAAGAAGAACUUCAGGGGAGUGAGACAAAGGCCAUGGGGUAAAUGGGCCGCUGAGAUCCGAGACCCGAGAAAAGCGAUCCGAGUCUGGCUCGGCACAUUCACUACUGCAGAGGAAGCAGCCCGAGCCUACGACAGAGCCGCCAUCGAGUUCCGCGGACCACGAGCCAAACUCAAUUUCCCUUUCUCCGAUUACACAGCAGCAAAUUCAUCAAAUUCCUCCGAUUUAAUGACAACUGCUGAGAAUUCUGCCGAAAUUGAAGUCACAAAUUUAAUUGGGAAUGGAAAUCAGGACAAUAAUUUCGUCGAUGAGCAUUGGGAUGAAUGGAUGAUGACGCUCAUGAAUGGUGGUGAUUCGUCAGAUUCAGCUGGUAAUACUAGCAAUGCUCGUAGUUAUUAAGUCCAUAGGAAGUCUAAUAGCCAAGUGUACAAGUUGUGAGCUUGUUUUUUUUUUUUGGUUACAAUUCGUUUAAUUUUGGCCAAACAACAACAAUUAUGUUACAUUAUGUGUCUUUUUUUUGGGAAUAUUAUCUCCAAAAAAAAAAAUUUAUGUUAAAUAUAGUGUUGUUUCUUAAAA